UGCUUAUACAAUAAAAAAAUGAAAUUAUUAGAAACUUUAACGGAUUUAAGAUGCCGAUGACCGUUAACGGGUCUUUUGAAAAGGGUCCAUACAGCCGUUGGGGUUUUCCCGCCUCAGCCGUUUUUUCCCGCCGAUGCCCUUCACGGUUGUCUGCACGGAUGCUCGCAGAGUAAUGUGCACGUUAGUUUUAGGUUAGUUAUGAUCUGCCGUCCUGCACUCGUCAUGUUUUUGAGGGCAGUCGAUAUGUUCCGCUGCGAUGGAAAGUGUGGGGUCGAUCGGCGGGUCGAAGCGGGAGUGUGUGCCCGCGGGAUGAGCGCCCGGAGAUCCAGCAGUCUGAGCGGCGCAGAUCUCCCCACUGAAGCCCAGCAUGAGCGUGCCGGUGCCGGCGGGUCUCCCGGAGCUGCUGCGUGGCUUCACGCUGGAGGUGCUGCGGCGGCAGCCCGCGGACCUGCUGGAGUUUAGCGUGCGGUAUUUCACCGGCUUGCGGGACACCCGGAGCUCCACCCGGUCCGUUAGCAGCCGCUCUCCGGUGACCCGCGGGGAGGCCUUCGACCGAGACUCCGCACACACCGACUCCAGCGCCGAGGAGGAGGAGAAACCGGAGGAAGAGGAGGAGGAGGACGAAGAAGAGGAGGACGACUUCCCUGAUGAUUUCACUUUUAAAGCUCCUCCUCCCAGUAAGUGUAACAGACGGGUGUCAGUGUGUGCGGAGGCCUAUAACCCUGAUGAUGAUGAUGGUGAUGAAGGCUUGCAGCUGACAGUGCUGCACCAGAAGACGGAUGAGCAGCGGCAGCGGCUGCAGGACGCCUGCAAACACAUCCUGCUGUUCAAGACCCUGGAGGAGGAUCAGCUGGCGGAGGUGUUAGACUGCAUGUUUGAGGUGCUGGUCAAACCUGGCGAGUGCAUCAUCAAUCAGGGCGACGACGGGGAUAAUUUCUACGUCAUCGAGAGGGGUGUGUAUGAGAUCGUGAUCCAGCAGGAUGGGCUCCACCGCUCAGUCGGCCGCUACGAUCAUAAAGGCAGUUUCGGAGAGCUAGCGCUGAUGUACAACACGCCGCGCGCCGCCACCAUCAGGGCGCUCCAGGAGGGGGCGCUGUGGGCACUGGACAGAGCCACGUUCCACAGACUCAUCGUGAAGAAUAAUGCUAAGAAGAGGAGGAUGUACGAGAGCUUCAUCGAGUGUGUGCCGCUGCUGAAGUCUCUGCAGCUGUCAGAGCGUAUGAAGAUCGUGGAUGUUCUGGGCAUGAAGAGCUUCAGUGACGGCGAGCGCAUCAUUCAGCAGGGGGAUUCUGCCGACUGCUUCUACAUCGUGGAGUCUGGAGAGGUGCGGAUCAUGAUCAGGAGUAAGACCCGUGCAUGUCAGCUCCUGCAGGAUGAGGUGGAGGUGGCUCGCUGCUCCAGAGGACAGUAUUUUGGAGAGCUGGCGCUGGUCACCCAGAGGCCCAGAGCUGCGUCUGUGUAUGCUGUUGGAGACACCAGGUGUUUGGUGAUCGACGUGCAGGCCUUCGAGCGUCUGCUGGGCUCCUGUAAGCAGAUCCUCAAGAGGAACAUCUCACACUAUGAGCAGCAGCUGGUGGCGGUGUUUGGAUCCAGCGUUGACCUCAAACACUGACACACACACACACACACACACAUCAAA